AUGAACAUGCAUCGAUCGAAUUCAGAUAGGGCGACCUUACUUUCUGGAGGUGGUGCUAAUGGGGAUGUCUCUUCAUCUGGCAGGAAAGUAGUUCACGACUCCGAUACAGCUACUUCCAGCAUUUUCGAGCAACAAAAUGACAUUCGGUUGCAAGAAUUAAAUUCCAAACUUUCGGCUUUACAUAAGGCAAGUUUGCGUGACUCUUUUACAGCCAUGAGAGGUUCUCUGACAGGCACCGUUACCCGGCUUAGGCAUAUGACGUCGAUGAGACAUAAACAAUAUAUGUGUUAUUUGAUAAUGUGUAUCGUAGGAAUAUUUUUCUUGUUCUACUACUUUUGGGGCUAUUGGAGAAAUAGCGUUGACAGUGUCGGUAGCAAUGACGGUGACAGGAUUGAUGUGUGA